AUGCCACCCCGCAAUUCUGCCCCUUCUAGUUCUGAGCCAAAAUCUAAGAGCCUUGAGGGUGUUUUAAGCGCUAUCAGAAGUCUUGCUGAGGUGGUGAAGCAUGUUAGCACUGGGGGAACAGUUAAGCCCAAAGAUGCUGAGAUUGAAGGAUGUAUUGUUGAGCAAUUCAGGAAAUUGGGUCCUUCUUCAUUUUUGGGCAACCCCGAUCCUAUAGAAGCAGAAUCUUGGAUAAUGCAAAUGGAGAAAUUUUUUGAUGUGAUUGGUUGUACUGAAGUGCAAAAAGUAUCUUUUACUUCCUUUAUGCUGAAGGGGGAAGCAGAGCAUUGGUGGAGAUCCACCAAAAAGACCUUGCCACUUGAGGUAGAUGAGAUAUUGACUUGGAGUAUUUUCCUUGAGGCCUUUUACGAAAAGUAUUUUCCAGAAAGUGUACGAGAUGAGAAAGAAGUGGAGUUUAUGGAGCUUAUUCAAGGGAAUAAAACAGUGUUACAGUAUGAGGCUAAAUUUACUGAGUUGUCUCAAUUUGCCCCUCACAUUGUGGCUGAUGAUGUUAGAAAGGCUAAGAAAUUUCAGAGGGGACUACGACCAAGUAUCAGGACUAGGAUGGCAGCCUUACGAUUGAAGUCAUAUUCAGAGGUUGUGGAGAUUGCAAAGGUUGUGGAGAUUGCAAAGGUUGUUGAGAAGGAGUGUGAGGACUAUCUGAGGAUUAGAAGUCAGAAUAACAAAAGGCCUAAGACAGAAGGGUUUCAUAGAGGGAAUGAACACAACAAGCCAUUUAAGAAGAAGACUACAACUGAACCAGAGACUAAAAUGAUGCAGCAGGUAAUAGAGGUUUGUCAGAAGUGUGGUAAAAAGCAUAAGGGUGUUUGCUAUCGUGAAAGUGGGGCUUGUUUUAAGUGUGGUCAAAUGGGUCAUCGUAUCAAAGAUUUCCCAGCCAUGAAGAGUGAGUUGGUGACUAAGCCAACUAAUGUGAAGCAAAGGCCAAAAGUCCAAGGACGUGUGUUUGCUAUUACUGAGCAAGAUGCUAAGGCAUCCAAGUCAGUGGUAACAGGUACCAUUCCCAUAUUUUCUCAUACUGCACGAGUUCUUAUUGAUCCUGGUUCUACUCAUUCCUUUGUAUCUUGUGCUUAUAUGAAAUAUGCUGAUUGUGUGCCUGAAUUGUUGGACUUUGAACUUUCUGUUUCUACUCCUUUGGGUGAAACUAUGAAAUUCAAGAAUUUGAUGUAA